AUGCGUCUCUCCGCCAAACUACUCUCCACAUUACCAUGGCUCUCCUCUCUGAAAUCAGCACAAUUGCAACGUAUCGCGCGAGCAACAGGAAUUCAAUCAUCAGGCACAAAGCCCAUUCUCAUCCAGCGCCUUCAGGCCGAACUACCAAGUCCGGAGACCAGCCUCUCUGAUGAAAAGCCAUGGAGUAUUCUCAGCAUCGACAUGGGCGUUCAAAACUUCGCAUUCGCGCAUCUACGCGUACCGCAUUAUUCAAGGUCAAAUUCUACGCCUGAAUUAAUGGAUUGGCACCGACUCGCCGUGUCAGAUAUUGGAAAUCUUGAUCUAAGAGUUCAAAAACUGCCCAUUCAAAAAAAGAAUAACAACUCAAAAGAUGUAGAUGCAGAUCCAAAGAGCGGUUAUUCGCCAGAUGUAUACGCUGCCAACGCAUACUCGCUCGUUACAUCACUUGUCGCGGCCUAUAAGCCUACACACGUCCUCAUUGAGCGGCAACGUUUUCGCUCGGGUGGUGCUAGCGCUGUGCUGGAGUGGACCUUGCGAGUUGGAAUUUUGGAGGGUAUGUUGCAUGCUGUUUUGUAUUCUUUAGCUCGAGAGCGUGGGGGUGAAAUGGCCGGAGUUAUUGUCAAGGGCGUUGAGCCGAAAAGGGUGGUGGGGUAUUGGAUGGAGUCUGGUGGUACUGCGAAUGUGAAGCAGGGAGAUGAGAUUAGGAAGAGGCUCACUGCUAGAGAGGUUAAGCAGAUGAAGAUUGAUCUUGUCGGCCAAUGGCUGUCUGCUUCUGUUUCUGCUGAUAAAUCUGAUACGAUUUCUGAUGCGAGUGUACACCAUGGCAAGAUUUCCAUUCUAGGGGAUCGGCCUGUGCAAGAACUUGUCGAUGCCUACUUACGGAAAUGGAGGAAGGAGAGGCGUGCGUCGUCCUCUGUCUUGCAGGUAGGUAAUAUUGGCAAGCUGGAUGAUCUGGCUGAUUGUCUUUUGCAAGGAGUGACUUGGCUUGAGUGGCAGACGCACAAGGAGCGAUUGGUCCGUGAGGGUGAAGGGGCUAUAGAGUCAAUUCUGUAG